AUGGCAGGUGCCUUGCCCGGGGAUGCAGUGCCCAUGGCUUACCCUCUCCUUACAGUGACCUCGCAGAUGGCCACUGCUGCCAAGCGCCAAGAGGAGCCACUCCAUGGGCAUGGGCAGAAGGACAGAGCCUCCUCAGACCCACAGCAGGCCUUGCAGGAGGCACUCUCCUUGCUCAGCAGUGAUGACUGGGAGCUGAAGGAGAAGGGACUCUUCAGCAUCAAACACCUGGCUGGGUCCCAUUCAGAGGUCCUGCUUUGUAGACUCCAUGAGGUUUGCUUGGCAGUUACCAGCGAGGUGACCAACCUCCGUUCCAAGGUGUCCUACUCUGCAAUUGUCACUCUGGGAGAGCUCUUUGUGACCUUGAAGAAGAACAUGGACUCUGAGGUGGAUGAGGUUGCACGGGUCCUUCUCCAGAUGGUGUCCAACUCCCCAGACUUUGUUCAGAAAGCAGCCAGUCAGACCCUGGGGAUCAUGGUGGGGAAUGUGACUCCUGCACGAGCAAUGACUGCCCUCAUGGACAUGGGAGUCAAGAACCGCCAUGCCCAGGUGCGGAAGUGUGCGGCCAAACUCCUCCUGUCCCUGAUGGUGAGAAUUGGAGUCACAAAGCUCGCAGGCACACCCAGGGCUGAGAGGCUGGCACAUGUGGCAGGGAAGCUUGCUCAGGACUGUCACAAGGACACAAGGCAUUAUGGACAGGAGAUGGUGAAGAUGUUGCUGAGUCAUCAAAAAUUUAAAAUGCUUUUGGAACGAUCUCUUUCCACCCAUGACCUGGAAGAUAUCCUGACAAGAAUUAAGAAGAAAAUUUUUGAUUAUUUUGUCCUGAGAAUAUCUGACAGCCACAAGAAAGUGAAGCAGAAGGCUCUGGACGUGCUGGCAGAAAUCAUAGGACUCCUGGAAGAUGCCCUGAACCCAGUGAUGAUCCGUUUGGUGGAGGGAAUAACAAAGAACCUGAACUCAAAGGAUCCCAGGGUUCAUGCCACAGCUGUGAAGGCACUGGAUGAAUCUGUUGCUCAUUUGGAUAAAGUAUCACUGCUGAAAGAGUUCAGCCACCAAUGGAAUCAGCUGCGUGGCCAAGCUCUGCUGGAUGUCGCGGAGCGUAUCACAGUGCUUGUGGAGUGGGUUUAUGCCAGCAGCCCUGAAGUGGUCCAGCGCUAUGCCCUCCCCGUGCUCUGGUCCUGCCUGGAGAACAAGGCGCUGCCUGUGCGAAGCGCCAACGUCUGCGCUGUGGUCACCAAGCUUGCCUGUGCCCUUUGCGAGUUGAUGGGCACCCAGCUGAUUAAUCAUGGCGUGGGGGGCCUGAAAGAACUCCAGAUUGAGGACAAGGUGAAGGGCAAGCACGCUCAGCUUCACACAGAGAAGGAUGAGUGCACUUGGAGGCCAAUAACAAGUGACAAGUGUUCCUCAAAUCUGUACCGCAGCCUGGACAAGGAGCUGAGGAUAGAGACCACAAAUCUCCACGGCAGAACCUCGUGGAAGAAGCUGUUUUGA